CCGCCAACCAAGCGUGAGUGUGCAUCAGAAAUUUCCCAACCUCAGAAUUUUUGCACUCAAAAGUUAAAAUCCUAACCCUAGCAAUCAGAAGAACAACAGAAGCAGAGAAAAAUGACGCAGAAGGCGAAUCUUUUCAAGGGUAAAGCAAAGAAGAAAUCAAUACCUCCCAAUCUUCAUGGGAAAGUCCCUGUUACUCGUAAAGGAAAGAGAUUCGUGAAGCCAUCCAAGGUUACAAAGGAUAUGGAUACUGAUCGUGAGGUGAGCAAAUUCAUUAACCACUGCAAUGAGAUCAAAGCAGCGACUCUAGCAACGAAGGAUGGUGGGCAACUAGGCAUCAUUAAGCCGCCACAAGAGCCAGCAAGUAAAUAGUUAAUGAUCGGAGAAACAAGGAUGGUUUUGAAUGUAUCUUGUGAAUGGCGCAUUGUCUUUGAGCCUUUGUCCUUAUAAAUUGUAAAAGCAAUUUUGAUAAUCUUACCUUGCUAGAGUAUUUUGGUAUGUGUGUAUUGCUUUGAAUUGCUCCAUUUUUUCUCCUUUUGGUUAUUGUGUGUUUGGGAAACUGUAGUUGUCAUAGUUGAUUGUUCGAUUUCUGAAGUAACUGAGGAAGCUCUAUUUUAUCAAUUCAACAAAAGUGAUUAUGUCAA